AUGGCUGAGAUAAUGAAAAGUAAAAGUCAAAAAACGAGGAGCCUUGGCGAAAGCCUCGAGUUCUGUACGUGGAGGAGAGUCUCAUACCAGGAGACGACGACAUCUACAGCUACCAGAAGCUUCUCAGCAGUGGUACCGCGGGAAGCAGCGCUCCGAGAGGAGAGCUGGCCGAAUAACGGCGAGCGGAAAGGCGUUGUCUGGAAUGCAUUAAGAAACCCCCUCAGCGAUGUGCAUCAUCUCAUUACUUUUUGCCGCCAUCCGCGCCCUCACCUUAUUAUUUCUUAUGAUGGGCGGGGUUGGCAGGCGGUCAAUGUUCUCUCAUAUAUAUACAAAGUCCAUAUAUCACAUUUUUUCAGCUAUGGCAACUUGUUCUAUUUUCCGGGUUCAAACUUUUUAUCAUGA